CCCAGAAAGCUAGAAGUGUGCAGACGGCCAGGAGCGAGGAGGGGGAGAGAGAGAAGGAGAGGGAGAGAGGGGGAAAAAAAUAUUCAGACACAAUAAAACUCCGAUGGGGAGAGAAAAUAUGUAGCAGACGGAGGAAGCAGCCGCGGCCUCGAGCAGGAAUUGCAAACUUUAACCUGCGCGAACUUCUUUUUCUCCGCCUGGAGAAUCUACAACUGCUAGAGACGCCGCCGGACAAGUUCAGCAAGUGAAGGGGAGAUGGCACGUUUAACGAAACGGCGGCAAGCAGAUACAAAGGCUAUCCAACACCUUUGGUCAGCUAUAGAAAUCAUCAGAAACCAGAAGCAAAUUGCUAACAUUGAUCGUAUUACAAAAUAUAUGUCUCGGGUUCACGGAAUGCAUCCCAAGGAGACCACACGUCAGCUUAGUUUAGCGGUGAAGGAUGGUCUUGUUGUCGAAACCCUGACAGUGGGAUGCAAAGGUUCAAAAGCUGGCAUUGAGCAAGAAGGAUACUGGCUGCCCGGGGAUGAGAUUGCCUACAGCAUGCAGCCUUUCUCUUGGACAACUGCAAAAAUGAAGGACUGGGAGACAGAGACUCAUGACUGGUAUUGUUUUGAAUGCCAUUUGCCUGGAGAGGUGUUGAUAUGUGACCUGUGUUUUCGGGUGUAUCAUUCCAAGUGUUUAUCUGAUGAGUUCAGGCUUAGAGAAAACAGUAGUCACUGGCAAUGCCCAGUUUGCAGGAGCAUUAAAAAGAAGAACACCAGUAAGCAAGAGAUGAGCACCUAUUUGCGCUUCAUUGUCUCCCGGAUGAAGGAACGGGCUAUUGAUCUGAACAAAAAAGGCAAAGACAACAAGCAUCCAAUGUACCGUCGACUUGUACACACAGCAGUUGAUGUUCCAACCAUACAAGAGAAAGUAAAUGAAGGAAAAUACAGAAGUUAUGAGGAAUUUAAAGCAGAUGCUCAACUUCUUCUACACAACACCGUGAUUUUUUAUGGAGUGGAUAGUGAACAAGCUGAUAUAGCCAGAAUGCUUUACAAAGAUACCUGCCAUGAGUUGGAUGAACUUCAGCUUUGCAAGAACUGUUUCUAUCUAUCAAAUGCUCGUCCUGACAACUGGUUCUGCUAUCCUUGUAUACCAAAUCAUGAACUGGUGUGGGCCAAAAUGAAAGGCUUUGGAUUCUGGCCUGCAAAAGUCAUGCAGAAAGAAGACAAUCAAGUUGAUGUUCGCUUUUUUGGCCAUCACCACCAAAGGCCAAUCAACCACACUGGAUUGCCUUUGCAAGAUGAAAUUGGAGGUGGAGAUGUUGUGGAGCUUCAACUGGAGGAAAAAGAUCUAACAAAUAAACAACAGUGCGCUUCUCUUUCUAGGGCCUGGAUUCCUUCAGAAAAUAUUCAGGAUAUCACCGUUAAUAUACACCGGCUACACGUAAAACGUAGCAUGGGCUGGAAAAAAGCAUGUGAUGAGUUAGAGCUACAUCAGCGUUUCCUUCGGGAUGGCAGAUUUUGGAAAUCCAGAAAUGAGGAUAAAGGAGAGGAAGAAGCAGAAUCAAGCAUUUCUUCCACCAGUAAUGAGCAACUAAAGGUUUCUCAGGAGCCAAGAGCAAAGAAAGGGAGACGCAAUCAAAGUGUGGAACCUAAAAAGGAAGUAAGGAACAGCAUGGCAAUUAAAUACAUGCACUUGUGGGAGCCGGAGCCUGAAACAGAAGCAGUCAGUUCAAGUCAGGAAAUUCCCACAAUGCCUCAACCCAUCGAGAAAAUUUCAGUCUCGACCCAGACCAAGAAAUUAAGUGCCUCUUCCCCUAAAGCGCUGCACCGAAGCACCCAGACAAAUAACGAUGGUGUGUGUCAAAACAUGUGCCAUGAGAAAUACACCAAAAUCUUCAGCGACUUCAAGGAUAGAAUCAAGGCUGAUCACAAGAGAGAAACUGAGAGGGUUGUGCGAGAAGCUAUUGAGAAGCUGCGUUCAGAAAUGGAGGAAGAAAAAAGGCAGGCUGUCAACAAAACCAUUGCAAAUAUGCAGACUGAGUGUGACCGAAAGACAAAGCAGGUAAAGGAGAAGUGCAAGGAGGAAUUUUUAGAAGAAGUUAAGAAGUUAGCCAGCCAGCACAAACAGCUGAUCUCUCAGACCAAGAAGAAACAGUGGUGCUACAACUGUGAAGAAGAAGCUAUGUAUCAUUGCUGUUGGAACACUUCCUAUUGCUCCAUCAAGUGUCAGCAGGAACAUUGGCAUGCUGAGCACAAACGUACCUGUCGUCGGAAAAGAUGAAAGCUUCCUCACCUCACCUGUUGCCCUGAUUCAGUGCUUUCCUCUAAUACAGCAGGUGCUGGGGAUUGUCUCUAGUUUUUCAUGUUGGUUUCCAAGGGGUCAGAAUUAAUGUGAAUUCAUUCCCCAUUAUGAUUAAUUCAUCUUCUUCUUCUUAGAUUAUUAUUAUUAUUGCACCAGCCUAGGAAACACUUUUUUCGUAAAAAAAUAAUAAUUUUUUUUUUUUGCACAGUUAAAUUUCAGUCUUGUGUUUUGACUCUCUGCUUCCAAUGGUCAUCACCUUGUGGCCCUCUUUUCCCCUUUCUUUUUGCUGGAAAGGUAAUUUGAAUCUCAGUUGGAGCACAUUACUUUUUGAUAAAUUUUAACUGAGGGAAUUCGUUGCAUUUUCAGCAAAUUUUUUUAAAAAAGGAUUCAACAAAACAAAGAAAGGUGAUAGAAACAUUUUCAAGAGACCUGAAUGUAACAAUAAAAUAGAAAAAAAAAGCAUACUACCUGGAUAUAAGAGAUGUUAAUCAUUCAAAUUGGUUUUCUUUAGCUUAUUUUUACUGCUUGAACGCAUUAUCUGUUAGCUUGCAUAUACAUUUGAAUUUUGGGAUCAGGGUUGACACAGUAAAUGCUAGUCCUGCCACUUUUUAACGUUCUUUUCCCAAUUGUGUUUGUUCCAUUAUUAUUUUCCUUCAUCAUUUAGCUUUUAUAAUGAAAAUAUUAGCUUUGAUCUUAUUGUUUCAAAUUCACCAGGGUUUGGGUGGGGUAGUAGGCUGAGCCAGAUCUUAGGGGAGGGAAAAGUAAUAUUUAAAAUCUAAAUUUUUGCACAUUUCACCCUUCUAAUACGAAUACUUGUAAAAAGAAAGCCAAAAACUGAAGAAGAAGAAAAAAACCCACAAGAACAGCUCAAUUUUACAUUUCAUCAAAUAUGGAGUUCCAAGGUUGAGGCAUAGAAAGAAAAAGCUUAAUAUUUGUCCUGCCCUUUUUACCUCCUUCCAGCCCUUUCUCUCCCCCAUUUUUACCUUUUGAAACACUAGUUGAUUAUUAAUCUGAUUUAUGCACUCAAAUAAGAAAUUAAGUCCUAGGGAUGGGGAAGCACUUAAGUUUCACAAAAGCAGUUAUGUCUGUAAUAUUUGGUUAUUGCCAUUUUUAUGCUAGAAUGAAGAAUAAUGCAUGUUAAUUUUCCUGUAUUAAAGAUGCUGUGAUUUGUAAAAAGUUUGUCUUUUGCGGAAUGUUUGGAUAAAGAAGUGCUACCAAUAGGAAUGGAUCGAUAGUUGAAAAGUGAUUUUUCUCCCUCUCUUCCCUCCCUUUUGUUUAUUUUAUGUAUAGGUAUAUAUAUAUAAAUUUAUAUAUAUAUAUAUAUAUAAAUUGCAUCCAUGUUCAGAGACAAUUUUUUUUAUACAAGGUGUACAACUUUAUUUAACCAGCUUAUCUUCUAAUGCUCUUGCCAUUGUAGGGUUCUUUUCAAGAUGGUCUUAAAAUUCAACCAACUCCCCUUGAACAUUCUUUUUCCAAGUUCAAACAAAGCAAAUUGUAAAUAUUUAUGUAGACCUUGGAUAUUUAUUGAAAGUGAUAAUACAAUGAAUCAUACAAACAGGACAACUGGGAGAAAAGAAUCUUAGAAACAAAUUUUUCUGAAGUUUGCUAGGAUCAUUCAGAAGAUUAAACUCCUAUUAAGCUUUCUGUGAUCUAUUGCUGUAGUCUACAACAGUGUUUCUAAACACAGCAACUUUAAGAUGGGUGGGCUUCCACUGGGCUUGGGAAUUAUGGGAGUUGAAGUCUUACACCUUAAUGAUGUUCAAGUUGAGAAGUAUUGAUAUUGAUCAUUAAACGAAUAAUGGCAAUUGAAGUAGAGUACCAGUUUUCAUGAGGAACUUUGAAAAUUCAGGCCACAUAGCCUGAGUUUAAACGCGAUAGAGUUAGUAAGAUGAGGGCAAUACCUUCAAGUAUCUCUAUAUUUGCCAAAUUUCAUACCAAAUCUCUUGGAAUGCCUAGUUGCCCCAUUUAUCUUGGUGGAUCUUCAUUAUUCCAUCUCCCAGGAGCCAUUCUCUAAAAUGGACAGGUCUGGCAAAGAAUCAUACCAUACAAAGGGAGCCCCUGUGCUCCCAAAUAGAGGUUAGCUCAUACAAAUACUAACUUUAUCUAGUGACUAAAUUUUUUAACAAUUAAGUAAUUACGUUAUGACUAUAUAUAGGAGGCCUUCACCCUAGAGCAAGUGCAACAAAAGAAACACCCUUUGAUUAUUUUAUUAUUGUCCCUCUUCACCCUACUUAAAAUAAUAAUAAAAAAACCUUCGGUCCAACCCUAUAAAAAGCAAGUUUUUGUGAAAACUAUUUUUUGGGGGUAUAAAAUCAUUCCGGGAUAUGUAAUAUUUAACUGAAUAGCUGCAUGAAAGUAAAAUUUGUGUUUUUUUGGCUUUUUUUUCUUUUGUCUCUGUUGACACGGUUGCACAUUUUCAAGUUAUUACAGUGUGAAAACUGUGGUUAGUUUUUUUUUAAAUCAAAAGAACAAGAAAAAAAUUGUGGCCCGGUUUUGUAUUAAGUUUUAGGGGAAAAUAUUGUUUAGAAUUCCUGAUUUCAAACAUCUUUUUUUUUUCCUGCAAAUCAUAAAUCUAUAUUAAAGUGUUGAGCUUAGCCACUAUGCACAUUGUAAUUUACUCAUUGUGGCUGUCCAGUCUAUGACGCAUUCUGGCAUUUUGUAAGCUGCUCUGACUAGCAACAUAUAGAGUCAUUAAAUGUGUUAACAUUGGUUAAUAAAUGUAUUUGAAAAGGCAA